AUUAUUAAUAUCUAUUAUAUAUUUGCUGCAAAAUUCUUUAUAACAUUUAAUUUUACCAUACAAUUUUUGUAAAAUGUCUAUAAAAGUACCUCCGGAUGGAGGUUGGGGUUGGAUGAUAGUCAUCGCUAAUUCGCUAAACGCCUUAUCAACCAUUCCGAUUAUACAAGGAUUCGGACUAAUAUUCAAAGACUCAUUCGCCGCUCUCAGUCUAACUGCAACAGAUACAUCAAUUAUAAUUAACGUGAAUUUAGCAUUCGGUAUGCUUCUCGGCCUGAUCAACGGACCACUUUUGAAAACUUUCGGUUAUAGAAAAAUUGGAUUGAUUGGAAGUAUACUGUACGCAACUGGGAUAAUACUGACGGCAUUCGCCAACAGCUUCGUUUCCAUUAUGAUUUGUUAUGGGAUACUAGCCUCUGUUGGUAUGGGUAUGUCGAUGGCCGGAUUCUCUUUGGCGCUCAAUACUUACUUUACCACGAAACGAGGGCGAGCUGCGGGCUUGGCAUUGACUCUUACAGGACUUGGUCCUAUUUUUAUGCCGCAACUUGCGUCUAUUUUACUUCCAAUCUACGGUAUUCAGGGAACACUCUUAAUAUUCGGCGCCUACAGUCUUCAUUCGAUGAUAGGCGUCAUGUUGCUACAUCCGGUUAAGUGGCACAUGAAAAGCGUGCCUCUCUGUCUCGAGACGCUUUCUGAAAAUCCCACGAGUUUAAAUAACGAAGAAGAUAAACUAAAGCGUAACAUGGAGGACGAAACAAAUGUAAACUCUUCGAGACAAACGAUAAAUACCUGUCAAAGAAAAAGGAAAUUGACUAUAUCGAGUAUUGAUCAUGAUAUUGAAGUCGGAAACAUUUAUGGGUUCGACGUACCUUUAUCUCGACAACUUUCUAUAGAUAGAUCAGUGUCGUAUGAUCCAAGUUAUGAUACCGAGACCUUACACAACCGUCUCAAAUGGUGGAAUUCGAAAAUAAGUGUGAACAGUGUUAAUCUCGGUAGCUGCAUACAAAUUUUUGAUGAGCCUGCUCCGUUAACAAAAAAAUUAACUUUUGUUACGAAUAAUAGUGUAAAUAGGAGCAACGGUACGAAUCAAGACAUGGUGGAAAAAAAUGCUCUAUUAGAAAAAGAAACAGAUGAUUCACAUAAAGAGAACUAUGAAGACGAUCAGGAAAAUACAAACGCCGUUCGCCGAAUUUUGCAACGCGUGAGCGAUCUUUACGAUUUCGACAUUUUGCGCGAUCCAAUUUACCUGAACAUCAUGCUGGGGAUGUCGAUAGCGAUUUUUGCCGAAGUGAACUUUUCCACUCUCACGCCGUUUAUUCUCGCUGAUAUGGGAUUGAAAACGGCGACAAUAGCCAAUAUCAUGAGUAUUAUCGCGAUAGCUGAUCUUAUUAGCCGAGGCGCGGCUCCUUAUUUGGGCGAAUUGCUGCGUCAGCCCCCUAGGAUAAUGUAUAUGAUCAGUCUGGCACUUUUGAUUAUUAGCCGAACCUCGCUGAUUUUUGCGAACAGCUUUGCUUCGCUGGUGGUCAUUGCAAUAGGUUUGGGCGGGGCGAAAGGUAUUAGAUCGGUGUACAUGGUCUUGGUAGUGCCCUACUACGUUCCCAUCGAAAAGUUGCCCAACGCGUCAGGAAUUCAGGCGAUGACCAACGGAGUGAUUCUUAUGUGCGCUGGUCCUAUGCUUGGUUUAAUACGAGACAGCACUGGAAGUUAUACCAUCUGCCUUAUUUUGAUUAACUGCGUAACCGUUGUCACGCUAAUUAUCUGGACAAUAGAAAUGAUAUUUGUGCGAAGAAAAUUAGCGAGACAAAGAUCAGGAUUGCCAAGAAACUCUUGAUGACUUUUAACAUAUAUUGAAACGAGAUAAUUAUACUUUCAUAAAUAAAGUAUUUUUCAAGUCACUCUCAUGUAAAUAAGUGCCAAUAACGCUGUAUAAAAAAAAAACAAGCAACAAUAUUUUAAUUUAAAUACAAGUGUCUGGAGAAACGU